CCGGCUCGCGUGGCCGCUGUGUUUGGAGCGGAGGGUGAGGACGGCGCCUGAGCUCUGCUUGAGCUCUGCUUGAGCCGAUUCGGGUCGGGCAAGAUAGAGGUGCCUGGCCAGCCCCCCCCCCCCCCGUGGGUACAGGGGAUCGGAGCUCCUUAUGGCUGCGACUCCAGCGAGCACCAGGGCAGAUGCCGCCAAGGAACGCCACACCAAAGAGAGGAGAGCCAGACAGAAGCUGAAGGAGGCCCUGGCGUCCUGCCUGGCCACAGAUCUCCACAGGCUGCUGACAGAGGAGUCCCAGACAGACAUAGUGCUCCGUGUCGGAUCCGCGACAUUCCGGGCCCACAGAGCCGUGCUGCUGGCCAGAGCCCCUGAACUGCUGCAGGACUCUCAGCACAACUCCGAGUGCAUCCAAGUGGAAAACUUUGAGCCCUCCGAAUUCGAGAACUUUUUACGGCUCGUGUACACCGCGGACCGGAGGGUGAGCCCUCCGCGGCCGGGCGAGGAGAGGGCCGGGGGCGAGGAGGUGCCCGAUGCACGCCGCAGGACAGGGGCCACGGAAGCCAGCGGUCUCUCGGACACUGCAGCUCCGGAGCCGGCCUCUGUGCUUGGAGUGGAUCUGCUUUCGCUGUUUAAAAGCGGAGAAUCCUCCGAUAUCAGCAUUCAGGCUGGGACUCGUGUGUUCAGAGCUCACAGGGCUGUCCUCGCGGCUCGAUCCCGGUACUUCUCUGCCAUGCUGAGCGGGAACUGGCUGGAGAGCUCCCAGCAGCUCAUCGCGCUGCACGGAGUUGGCCCGGCGGAAGUGGAGAUCCUGCUGCACUUUAUUUACGGAGCUCUUCUGGACCUGCCGCCGGGAGCCAACGUCAGCCAGGUGCUCUUCGCGGCCAACAUGCUCCUCCUGGACGGCCUGACUGGUGUGGUGGAGUUCCUCCUGCUGAGAGACUACUGCAGGUUCUUCCCCGAGCCAGGAGACGGUGUCCAGAAGUCUAUCGUAGAGUGCCUGUCGAUAUCUCAUUCCCUGGGCCUCCAGCACCUCUAUGGUCUGUGUUCAAGGUGGAUCGUGGAUAAUUUUGUGAAAUGCUGGUCAGAAAGAAGCUUUGGUCUCCUGUCGCCUGCAGUCCAGAAGGAUUGUCUAGCUUGUCUGGUAAAGACCAUGAGCGUGGGGAAGGUGGUGCCGCUGCUGACCGGCAGCGAGCGCCUGAUGUCCUGCCUGCCCGCGGUCAGCUGGGCGAAGCAGACCUCGUCUCUGGCUGCCGCGCUGCAGGAGGAGUGCCUGCGCUUCGCUGCCGCCCACUUCCCCGCGGUCACCAAGACCGGGCCCUUCCUGCGGCUCCAUUCGACUGAAGAAUUCAACUGCGAUCCGCGCGUUAGGAAAAAGAUCUAUUUGUCUGUUGAGAACAGCAUUACUGUGGACAACUGCUGUGCUCUCUUUCUGGCUGUGGACAAGCUGAUCGGUGAGCGCGUGCCAGGCGGCCCUCCGAGACAGGAACAGGAAGAGGACACCCAGCUGGGAGUCUGGCACGAGGGCUUUCAGGACGAAGCCCAGGCUCUGCGUGUGAAGCUGUGGACCUUCCUGCACCAGUCCUUCUUCGCUGUGCGGCACACCGAGGGAUGGAGCCAGCUGCCCCGGGAGCACAGGGAGCUCAUCCAAGCAGCUGCUGUGGACAAGGGGGACGGUAGAAGACUGGGCAGGAAACCCGUAUUGACCAGCUCACAGCAGCAGCACAGGCCUCUGAAAUGCCCUCGGGAGCCCCAGCUCGCGUGUGAGGAUCCCACGCGGCAGUCCCGGGAGAGGCAGACCCCGCGAGUCGCCCGGCGUCCCGCCUCCAGCCAGCAGGGGGCGAUGAAGUCGGAUGGGCUGGGAGCGUCCGGACCCCUCGCUCCCGGCAGGGCCCCCGGGAACAAGGCGGGGGAGCCAGACGCCCCCAGGGCGAGGCCCGGCGCGGACAGGGUCAGGGGGGCGCGGGAGGCCAAGCCCGCCGACAAGUGCGCGCCCACCAGGGCCGGCUGGAGUGUAGAGCAUCACGGGCCACACUGCCCCCUGCUGGAGGCACAGAGGGGCCUGGCUCUCAGGCUUGUUCCGGCGGCCCUGCCAGUAGCAGCAGCAGCAGCUGCGGGAAGGGGAGCUGAAUUCCAGCCGGUUCCCGUCUUCGCCCGUUUCUCCCAGACGCGCGGGGAGCAGGGCAGGACUGGGAUGACUGCUUCCCCUCGGGUGGGGGGCUGGUCUCUGUGCCAGAGCCUGGGCGACAGUACACGGUAUACAAAUACAUUCAAACCAUUAGCCUAUUCAAAUGUCUGUAAGUGUCUUUUCUUAGCCCGCCCACAGAGGGUAAUUCUGCUUGGGUAUGGUGUCGUGCUGCUGAACGGCUUCCCCUCACUCUCCUCUCUCUCGGCAGCGGAGAACAGGCCGAAGGGCGCGAGCAGGACAGCCGGCAGACCCCCAGCCAGCCGGACUCACAGGCCUGAGCCCGCCAAGCCCCACAGUGUUGGCGGCAAGCCGAGCGCGAGGGACAGCGGCGCGGCCAAGCCCCCCGGCCCGAGCAGAGCCGCAGCCGGCGGUCCCGGGGCCCACGCGGACCAGAGGGUGAAGCCUGCCCCCGCGGAGGGGUGCAACGGGCCGAAAAGCUCCCCGGCGCCGGUAAGUCCGCUGAAAGCCGUCUCCCCGAGAAAGGAGGACGCCAGGGCUCCCACAAGGCCCCGGUCUGCCGGAGAAGCCUCCCCCGCAGCAGCAAAGAGAAAGGCCUUGAAGCCGGCGAGCUCUGCCUGCACCGAGGCCAGAACCAGCAAGUCCGCCAAGGCCGCCUCUGCAGGCCCAAAGCAGCCCCCUGCCGGAGGCAAAAGUGCACCAAAGCAGAAAGCAGCUUCUGAACAGCCGGCGUUGAAGCAGGCUUCCGCACCAGCGGGAUCAGAGAAGCCGUCUCCCUCCGGCGGCAAAAAACACGUGGCUAAAACGAAGGAGUCGCCUCACCACAAGAGCCCGUCUUCGAAGGCUGCCGGGCCCAAGGACGGCGCGUCCGCGGGAGACAGAGAGCAGGCGCCGCGGAGACGUCACGCGGAGGCGUCUCGGGGGGAGGGGGAGCCGGAGCUGGCGGGCAGGGCCCUGGAAACGGUGCGGCCUGUUUUCGCCGGAAAGAAGGAAAACGGUCCUGUGCCCAGAGCUCUGGCGACAACCAGAGGCCUUUCCUCCUCCGCUCCCAGGAGACCGCCCGCUCGGGCUGGAUGUGAGUCACCGUUACAGUUUCGAGACUCGACGGCCUCUAUCGGUGCUGCUGCAGAACGGCCAGAGAGGGAACUGCCAGCUGAAGACGGCACGACCGCUGCCAAAAAUCUUGGGGGCGCUCCUUCCCUUCCGGCAGAGGCAGGCUCUGCGACAAGUGCCGAGAUCCCCCGGAAGGAAUCCAGGGUCCAGAAUGAGGCCACAAACGCUGCGGCAGAGCCCCCUGGGCGGAGUGCGAAGCCGCCGGGCUCUCCCGAGGGCGCGUCGAAGGACAUGGACGGGGCGGAGACGCCCGGGAGCCGGGAGGACUCCGAGGCGCCCCUGGAGGACCCGUGGGGUGCCCUGCACCAGAGGGGCAGCCCCGAGUCGGAAUCGGGCAGCGCCACUACGUCCUCCGACGACAUCAAGCCCCGGUCGGAGGACUACGACGCGGGGGGCUCGCAGGAUGACGACGGCUCCAACGACAGGGGCGUCUCCAAGUGCAGCACCAUGCUGUGCCACGACUUCCUGGGCCGGAGCAGCAGCGACACGAGCACCCCGGAGGAGCUGAAGAUGUACGACAGCGGCCUGCGCGUCGAGGUGAGGCUCCGCGGCCGGGAGGCGGCCGACCCCUUCCACGCCCACUCCACCAGCGAGGAGGACGCUGGGAAGAGCAGGGCGAGGGCCUGGGCGCGGCAGCAGGCCGGGCCUGUGGAGGAGGAGGCGGCCGUCACGGCGAAGGACCUGCCCGGCCACCCGCCGUCGUCCUCGGACGAGGACACGGAGGACGAGCGAUCCGAGGCCGAGAUCCCACGAGGGGUCGCCCCUCCGGCCGAGCCCCCCCCUCACCAGUUUCAAGGCAUCGUCAACCUGGCGUUCGAGGACAUCGCCGAGCAGGAGAACGAUUACCCGUCGGCGGCCAACUUCCUUGCCUUUAAGUAUUGUCAAUUAUUUUUAGAUGAUUGUGACAGAUUGGAUCAAACCUGCACUUAUGAUCGCCGGCCUUCCAAAUCCCUCUCUCCCAUUUACGAGAUGGACACUGGGCCAGCCUUUGAGCAGAGCUUGGAUGCGGACAGGUGCCUCGCGGAGCCCGAGGAAGAGGAGCAGGAGGAGGAUGAAAGCAGCGGGUUUGCAGAGAGGGACUGGACGCUCCUGAGACAGCUGCUCUCCGACCAGGAGUCCAGCUGGGGCGUCAUAAACUCGGUGCCCGAGGACCUGAACCUCGCCCAGUACCUCAUCAGCCAGACGCUGGCGCUGUCGCGCGACUGUCUGAAGACCCCGGCCAGGCUGCCGCUGGACAGGGACUCGGUCAAGCGGUGGGCCGAGCUCAUGUCCCCGCUGGACGACUCCGCCACCAGCAUCACCGUCACCAGCUUCUCCCCGGAGGACGCAGCCUCGCCUCCGGGCGAGUGGACCAUCGUCGAGCUGGAGACGCACCACUGACGGGCCUCCGGGCGAGAGCGUCUCGAGCUGUGCUCUUUUUCUACUACCUUGGAAGACCCACGCAAGCAAGCAAGCUCCUGUUUGCAUUGCGUUUGAGGUACCUCACCUGUGGAUUCUACAGCAGCAGUUACAUUUCGUAUAACCGAUUUUAUUAGGUACCGUCAAAGGUCCUGACAAACUGUUGUAUAGACUUAUUAAACAAGUUAGAGCCGUGUAGCAUGUCUUUGUUUCUUUUGUUUACUUGGUAGAUGUUUACUAGGUGUCGCUUCAGCCUCCAUAGAAAAGACUCAUCAUCGAGCAGCCUUCAUGACCGUCGUCUGCUGGAAACUGCCGUUUUUGUUGUCGGCUCACACUUAUGUGUUGUGUUUGAGAUAAAAAAAAUAAUAAAAAUCUGUGGUCCUUAGCGAUGCUCUGCA